UUCACCUGACACCACCUCCCUCUCUUACCCAAAAACAUCACCAUCUCUGUUCUAGCACCUAAAUCCAGAUCCUAGACCUAGACUCUUCCACGUGAGAGACAAGAGACUGUAUUCUCUCCAUUUUUCUCUGUCAAACCCAUAUCUUCUUCAUUUUUUCCUAAUCAAUCAGAUGUCAAAUUCGUACCCCUAUUGCUUUACCUAUUUCAAGAUUACCCUAGAUAUCAGCAGCUGUUACUCGAGGAACAAUAGGCCGGUGAAUUUGUCUCUAAAGAGCAGUGAGAAUGACGAAGGAAAGGUCCGAAUUUCCAGUUCUCUAUAACAUCAACAUCGUCAUAAAAAUAGCUAGUGAAUAUGAUAGGGUGGCUGUAGCCUGAAGACUCCAUCAGUGGUGCCUGCCAUACUGCUGUGCAAACCAAGGAAUAGGAGAAAGAGGAGCAGGACAAAAACUAUUCUAGUGUCUCAAACAGAUUUUAUACCGACGAUUUUCACAUUGCUACUUGUCCGACAGCCGUAACAUGUUGAGUGAUAUUCUUAAACUGACUGCCAUGAAUGCUUGAUAAACUAGCUACCUUGCUGAGUAUUAUCCAACCUUGCGACAUAUAGCAUAUGUGUGCUCAAUUCUGUGACACUUAAGAGUAAAAUCCCUGCUGGAUGUUUCACUGCAUUAAGCUUGUGUCUAUCUGAAUAUGUGAAUCUCUGAGUCUGUUAUGCUAGGUACUGUUCCAGAGGUAAGUUUGUCAAAAAUACUCAGUAUGCUUGGGUCCUCUUUUGCUUGCUACAUGAUCUGAGUUGCUUUGAAUUUUGAUUUAGUGAAAAGAGCAUCAUAAUUUGUUGUCAAAUGCGAGUAGGCCACUCUUUAGGAUAACAACAACAUCAUUUCUAAAUCAAAUAGAAACAACCAUUUCGGACAUGUAGGCUUUGUCAGGCAGAUACUUUGUGAUUACUAUAAAAAAAAGAACAAAAACAUUUCAAGGCAGUAUUUUGGUCUGCAACUGGGGAUGGGCACAAAUCCAUUAGAGAACUUGCUUAUGGACAUGUUUCACAUUAUGAGCCUCCCACAGACCAUGAUGUCAAUAGUUAUAGGGAUUGUUAUGGACAUUUUCAUAGUCCCGAGCCUCAACACAUGGACCCUAAUGACUAUUCACACAUGUAUCAUUCGCCACAGGGAGAAAAUGAACAUUUCUACAGUGCCCAACUCCCAAAUUCGUCACUUUUGGAUCAGUUAGAAGCUCAAAUUACAACUUUAGAAAUGCAAAUACAUGAGAAAUCUGUCGCAUCUAAUUCGCCUAGGCAAUCUGAAAUCUAUGCUUGUACCUUACGCGAUAGCUUAGGCCAUCCUGUUGAGAACUGCUAUACUUUGCAUGAUUUUAGACAAUCUAUAGAAUACCAUGCACCCAUGUAUCAAUCAACACAAUGGGAAGUUGAACAAUUUCGUACUCCCCUGACCUAUUGUAGGAAAUCUGUGGAAGAAAUCUCGUACUCAUCGAACAAAAUAAUACUAGGUUUGAAUUGAAUUUAUUGCAUGAUAAACCAUAUAGCAAUGCUUCUGAAUAUUCUUUCUGUAGAGACCCUCAUGCUCAACCAUGUAAUGAAUACCCAUAUGCUAUACCUACUGUUGAAGACUCUCCUUCCAUGGGACGAAUUUUAAUGCAUAAUUAGAUGUGAUUUUGCUUCAUGUACAAAAGGAGGGAAGGGAGGCGUAUCAUGAUGAGAUGUUUGUUAUUCCUAAUGAGCUAAAUGUUGAAAGUAAUAUGUUUAGUCCUUCUUAUGCAACUGAUAUUGAACAUGAACCUAAUCUAGAGGUAAAUGAUUGGACUAGAGACACUAUGAUCAUAAAUAGGGCAUCGCAUGUCUGUUAUGAUGAUGAUGAUGUUAUGUUAGAAGUUAAUGUUUAUGCUGAAAAUAUUGUGGAACCUUUGGGUUCAGAAAUAUUAGGCUUCUCUGCCUCGACUUUCAUGAAUGAUAUUUCUUCUAGUAUUCCAUAUAUAUGUGAUGUUGAUACUGAUUUGGAGCCUGUGCACUGUGAAGAUGAGCGUGACUUAGGAAAGGUUCAAUUAUCUGUUGACACAAAUGAUCGUAUGCAUGAAACUAUAAUCGAUGUGUCUGAUUCUCUGCCUAGGUCACAGUAUGAUGUCUCUUUUGAAUUGCCUAUGCAUGAGAUUAAGGUUUUGAAUGAUGCUGAUGAUACUGAACUGGGGCUUGAUGAUUUGUUAUGUGAAAAUGAAUAUGAUAUGCCUGUUUCUGACUUAGGGAGAGAGUGUGAUGGUACUAAUGGCCUUGUGCAUAAAAACAAUUUAAAUGUGCCUACUUCCUUGUCUAAGUCACAAACUGAGACUCUUUCACCCAACUUAGAUUUGAUUUGUAACAAAAUUGUAAAAACAACUUUUCUGAGAAUACCUAAUCUAGGAUUGGAAUUGUGUGCCUCCAAAGUCCUCUUGGACUAUUUUCCAGCUAAAUAUGAUACAUUUGAGGAGCCACGGUUGGAAUGUUUGUCUCUGCCCAUCCCUAACAAAGUCCAUUUUGAAUAAGAUCUUGUGCAUGCAGAACCCCUAAGAUUGCAAGAUUUUGUGCUCAAAAACACAUAUGCUGACAACUUUAGGUUUGGGGGUAACUCGUUUAUAUAUGCAGCCUUACUUGCACUCUCAUUUUAUAUAUGUGUAAGGCUGUUGAUGUCUCUGCAUGUCUUCUUUUGGGUUGAUCCUCAACUCUUUAGGUUGUAUGUGUAUGGUGAAGUUUUCUUGUAUAUAAUCCAGUAGGUAAUGUUUCAGUUGAAUCUUAUGUUUCUU